GCUCACUGCUACGGACUAUGACUGAUAGACCCACCUGGCAACUGAAGGUUGUCCAACAGGGAAGACAGAACACCUGUGAUCUGUGUGUCCCACCUUCACAUGCAACAAUGAGGACUGUCUCACUCUGCGUUCUGUGGGCCUGUCUCAGCCUGGGGCUGGCUGCAGUGGCUGUAAACGGAUGGAGGACAAACAGAGGACAGGAGAAAAAUCCAGACAGAAGUGAAGCAGCAUUCACAGCAGAGAUGCUGCUCAAGAGAGUGAAACGAGGUUGGAUGUGGAACCAGUUUUUCCUGCAGGAGGAGUACACAGGCAGCGAUUUCCAGUACAUCGGAAAGCUCCAGUCAGACCAGGACCGGGGCGAUGGAUCAGUGAAGUAUGUUCUCUCUGGUGAGGGGGCUGGCACUAUCUUUGUCAUUGAUGAGAAUAAUGGUGACCUGCACGCCACUCGUCGCCUGGAUCGUGAGGAGAAAGCUUUUUAUAUCCUCAGAGCCACUGUAGUCAACAAACGUACAGGUCAUAAGCUAGAGCCAGAGACUGAGUUCACCGUCAAGCUUCAUGACAUCAACGACAACGAGCCUCAGUUCAGCAAAGAAGUUUACACUGGCAGCAUACCUGAGAUGUCUGAUAUGGGUACAUCAGUCAUUCAGGUUACCGCGACAGACGCUGAUGACAGCAUGUACGGAAACAGUGCCAAACUGGUCUACAGCAUCAGCCAGGGACACCCAUACUUCUCUGUGGAUGCAAACACAGGCGUGAUCCGGACAGCCUUAGGUCCUGGUGACAUGGACCGUGAGCAGCGAGAACACUACCAGGUGGUGAUUGAAGCCAAAGAUAUGGCAGGACAGAGAGGAGGUCUCACUGGUUCUACUGUGGUUAACAUCACCCUCACGGACGUCAAUGACAACCCACCCUACUUCACUCAGAGUAUUUACCAGUUCAGAGUUCCUGAGUCUUCAGCAGCUGGCACACAAGUCGGCAGAGUUGAAGCAACUGAUAAAGACAUCGGACCGAAUGCUGCAAUGGUCUUCACUAUUGUGAGCGGAGAUGGCAUGGACAUGUUUGACAUUUCCACAGAUAAAAACACACAGGAGGGCAUCAUCACCGUCAGCAAGCCUUUGGAUUAUGAAAAGAAACAGUCCUACACUGUGGAGAUCCAGGUCCAGAAUACAGAGGUGGACCAGCGCUUCAUGUUUGCAGGGUCCAAAGAUGUGGCAACAGUUCGCAUCAGUGUGGAGGAUGUGGAUGAACCGCCCAUGUUUGACAAAGCCAGCUACCUGAUGGAGGUGAAGGAAGAUGCCGCAGUGGGUGUGGCUGUGGGAUCCGUCACUGCCACUGACCCCGAUGCUGUUCGCAGCCCUGUCAGAUACUCAAUCGACCGUCGCACGGACAUGGACCGCCUGUUCAAUGUGCAUCCAGGGAAUGGAUCCAUCUUCUUGCUGAAAGGCCUGGACAGAGAGGAGAUUGCCUGGCAUAAUAUCUCUGUCAUUGCUACUGAGUUCAAUAAUCCUCGUCAGAGCAGUCAUGUUCUAGUCUACAUCCGCCUACUGGACGUAAACGACAAUGCGCCAACCUUCGCCAUUGUUUAUGAGGCCUUUGUCUGUGAGAGGACCAAGACUGGGCAGCGGAUUCAGACGGUGAGUGCUGUCGAUGCUGAUGAGCCAUCAACAAGCCACAGGAUUUCCUUCAGGCUGGCUCCUGAGGGCUCCUCCCACAGCAACUUCACUGUCCGUGACAAUGGAGAUAACACCGCCAGUAUCCUGACACGCAGAGCCAGCUACAGCCGCCUUCAUCAGAGCGUCUACCUGGUGCCUGUUGUGAUCACUGAUGGCGACUACCCCAUACAGAGCAGCACGGGUACGCUCACCGUGAGGGUGUGCACCUGUGAUCGUGAUGGUAUUAUGGAGAUGUGCAAUGCUGAAGCUCUAAGCAGCUCUCCGGGACUCAGCACCGGCGCACUCGUUGCCAUUCUCCUCUGUGUCAUCAUACUGCUGAUGAUCGUGGGUCUGUUCACAGUCUUAAAGCACCACAGGAAGCAGGAACCUUUGAUCAUCUCUAAGGAGGAUGUGCGGGACAAUGUCGUGAGCUACAAUGACGAGGGCGGAGGAGAGGAAGACACCCAGGCCUUUGACAUCGGCGCGCUGCGUCACCCAGACGCUGCCGCACUGGAGGAGUGCGCCAAACAGAGGCGUGACAUCAUCCCCACUGACACCUUGCUGUAUCCCCCACACUGCUGCACCGCCCCCACCUCCAGCCUCGCCAACCCGCCCGCCAACAGGCCGUCACAAGACAACGGCAACGUGCGAGACUUCAUCAACCAGCGAGUUCUGGAAAAUGACUGCAACCCUACAGCGCCACCAUAUGACUCGCUGGCUACAUACGCUUACGAGGGGGCGGGGUCUGUGGCUGAGUCUCUGAGCUCGCUGGGCUCAGCGUCGUCCGAGGCCGAGCAGGAUUACAACUACCUGAGUGACUGGGGACCUCGCUUCAGGAAACUAGCUGACCUGUACGGUGCAGAGGACGGUGUCUUCUCCUAACAAACACACACACACACACACACUUCAAAGCCACAUUUAAAGAAAAAUUCCCGUCAUUAUUCCAACUGCUGCCAAAGUGAAUAUUAGAGAUUGGGAAUGUUGGGGAUAGGCUUUCGGAAAAUGUUGCCAUUUAUCAAACACACAACGUAAACCUGUCGCACGUUAUUUUUAAAAUUCAUGACAGGUUUGAGUGCGAUUAGCCAGCGGUGGGGCGGAGCCCAAAGAUUUGUAAUUCUACUUGGAAGACAUCUUCAGAGGCGGAAUCAUCAAUCAAAAUUGGACUUUACGUAUAUUUUUAUGAGAAUUUGACUUUUCCUACUUCCAGCCUGCAUUUUCCACAAAGUCGCCAAAUAAGCCGAAUUGUUUUUUUUUGCUGAAGCUUCUGCCUUUUGUGCUGUAACCUGACGGAAGCCGAGUGUUUUCAACCCGACGUGUCGUCACACACUUUUCUCUUCAUUUUUGACUAAGUGCCCUUCUGCUGCCCUUGCAGCCGGCCGGUGAACCUGGAAGCAGCUGAUUGGCUCAGACUGGGUGGUGAACGACUCGUGUGAUUGCUGUUGUCUGUUUUGCUGUUGUGUAUAAAAUGACCAUUCCCGAUGAGCUGUUCUUCUUGCGAAUCGCCUUCUUCUGGACUCAUACGAUUAAAUGCACUGAUCGAUGGUGUUUACACGGGUUUUUGUUGUUAAUUUUUGUGCCACACACAUUGAGAUGCUCACAACAACAUUUUUCAAUUCUUAGGUUCUUGAAGAAUGAUUUUGGAAUAGUAUCACGCUGCGGUUAUUUUAUUUGAGAUGUUUAAUGAAGGACAUGAGGAAGCCUUCUUUGUGAAGGUUUUUCUGGAAGCAUUUUUUUCAUAUCUGUUUUCUUUCUUGCAUAAUG